UAAGCAGACAGCUUGAUGGGUGUGUGAGUGCGCAGGCGUGCCUGAUCAGACCAUCUAGGCCUUCGGACUUUUCCCGACGGGUGUUCGCAGGGGUCCAGGCGCCAGAGACUACAGACCUGGGCUCUUCUGGCGCCAUGGGCAGCGGCUGCCGUAUAGAAUGCAUAUUCUUCAGCGAGUUCCACCCCACGCUGGGACCCAAGAUCACCUAUCAGGUCCCUGAAGACUUCAUCUCCCGGGAGCUGUUUGAUACAGUCCAAGUGUACAUCAUCACCAAGCCAGAGCUGCAGAACAAACUUAUCACUGUCACAGCCAUGGAGAAGAAACUGAUCGGCUGCCCUGUAUGUAUCGAGCACAAGAAGUACAGCCGCAAUGCCCUGCUCUUCAACCUAGGCUUCGUGUGUGAUGCCCAGGCCAAGACCUGUGCCCUUGAGCCCAUCGUCAAAAAGCUGGCUGGCUACCUGACCACACUGGAGCUAGAGAGCAGCUUCGUGUCAACAGAGGAGAGCAAGCAGAAGUUGGUGCCCAUCAUGACCAUCUUGCUGGAGGAGCUAAAUGCCUCAGGCCGGUGCACUCUGCCCAUUGAUGAGUCCAACACCAUCCACUUGAAGGUGAUUGAGCAGCGGCCUGACCCUCCUGUGGCCCAGGAGUAUGAUGUGCCUGUCUUUACCAAAGACAAGGAGGAUUUCUUCAACUCACAGUGGGACCUCACCACACAACAGAUCCUGCCCUAUAUUGAUGGCUUCCGCCACGUCCAGAAGAUCUCAGCAGAGGCAGAUGUGGAGUUAAACCUGGUGCGCAUCGCCAUCCAGAACUUACUGUAUUAUGGCGUUGUGACACUGGUGUCCAUACUCCAGUAUUCCAAUGUGUACUGCCCGACACCCAAGGUCCAGGACCUGGUAGAUGACAAGUCCCUGCAGGAGGCGUGUUUAUCCUAUGUGACCAAGCAAGGGCACAAGAGGGCCAGUCUCCGGGAUGUGUUCCAGCUGUACUGCAGCCUGAGCCCUGGCACUACUGUGAGAGACCUCAUUGGCCGCCACCCCCAGCAGCUGCAGCGCGUUGAUGAAAGGAAGCUUAUCCAGUUUGGGCUUAUGAAGAACCUCAUCCGGCGACUACAGAAGUAUCCAGUGCGGGUGUCUCGGGAGGAACGGAGCCACCCUGCCCGGCUUUACACAGGCUGCCACAGCUACGAUGAAAUCUGUUGCAAGACAGGCAUGAGCUACCAUGAACUUGAUGAACGACUGGAAAAUGACCCCAACAUCAUCAUCUGCUGGAAGUGAGACGGGUAGGCUGGUCUAGGCACGUGGCUGUGGCUACUCUCUCCUGCUAAGCCUUGCCUGGUGCAUGAGGGCUAGACUGGUAGACUAGUCCAUAUUGUCUCAAAGUUGACCAUCACUUCUGUGAAUAAAAUCAUCCAUUUCAACCUAC